GUCCUCGACUCAGGGUACGCCUUCGCGAACGAGGGCCUGCCGCUGAUGGGCAUGCUGUUCUGGAACUUCGCCCUUCCCGCGCACCGCACCACUGCCCCCUCGGAGCCCUACGUCGUCUUCGCCCUCGACCCCGCGGACGCCGACAGCAUGGCCUCCGGCGGAUCCCCCGCGGCCGCCAACGCACGGGUGAAUCAAUCCGUCACGAGGGCCGCCGCCAAGUUCAACGCCCUCCGGAGGAGCCGCGGAUGGAGGAACAAGCUGGACAAGAUCAUCACCAACAUCUUUCGAAGGGCCUCGUGA